AUGGAAUAUCAACUAAUUGACUUAGUUAAACAGAACCCCAUUCUAUAUGAUAAAAAAUAUCGCAGCUUUCAAUACCGAGAAGAAAAAAUACGAAAAUGGAAUGAAAUUGCGAAAGCAUUACGCCGAGAUGCCAAUUUUGUGAGAUUGAAAUGGAAAAGCUUGCGUGACACCUAUAGACGUAGAUUGUUGCGCAAAGAUGGAGAAGAUGAUGAUGGACCAACAAAAAAUUGGAAAUAUAAUGAACAGUUAUCAUUUUUGAAAGACCAAUAUCCGGACACCGCAGAAAUCACAGAAAUUAAACUAGAGGAUGACGAAGAGUUACAACUAGAAUUAGAAGAACAAUUACAAGAAGAAUUUUUACAUGAUGAAGCAGAGAUAGUAGAGGAAGAUGUCACUAUUCCACAUGAACCUGACUUUGAGGUGGAAAAUUUUAACUUGAAUGAAUAUCUUAAGAAAUUCGAUGUUUCCAAUAAUAAUGCAAAUACGACACAAGCGGAAGAACAGUCGAAGAAGAAGAGGCUUGAUAAAGAUACAAUUAUUAGCGAAGCAGCCCAGGAAAUGGCUUCGCUACUACAGUGUGCUAAACAACACUUUACCCCGCCAUCGGCCACACAAAUCUUUUUCAACUCCAUUGCUUUGCAAGUGGAAGAGGCCAACUUGCCGCCAAUAGAUUUAAUGCGUUUACAGCAAAGAGUUUUGGAAGCCGUAACACAGGAAAUUGUUAUGUCACAGGAUGGCGCUACAUAUAUUAUUCAAACAUAA